UUGUGAAAUUUGCAGCAUUUGAAAAAGAUCCGACUUUGUAUUGUAUGAAAGUCGCCCAUCAAGAAACACCUUCUGUUCAUGUUCAGCAAUCAGCAUUCGCUUCCUCAGUUGAAUACUUGAAAUCAAACCAAAACGCUUUUCUAUCUCUCUCUCUCUCGCCGAGAGAGACAAGUAAACACUGAUCAUGGCUCCUCCUCCUAACGAAGAUAACAGCAUCAGCCACGACUCAUCCGAUGAUCAACAUCGCCCCAUCUCUACUAUCGUUAUCAUCAUCGCUAUGCAGACGGAAGCACUUCCUCUUGUGAAUGCGUUUGAGCUAACGCAGGACACUAAUCCUAUAUUUCCGAAAGGAACUCCUUGGGUCCGCUAUUAUGGUUCUUACAGAGCUCUAAAUGUCAAUAUCAUUUGGCCAGGAAAGGAUGCUGUUUUAGGGGUUGACAGCGUUGGUACUAUUUCUGCAUCUCUUGUGACUUAUGCUGCUAUUCAAACCUUGCAACCAGACCUCAUCAUCAAUACUGGGACUGCUGGUGGUUUUAAAGCAAAAGGAGCUUGUAUUGGUGACGUGUAUGUUGCAUCAGAAGUUGCUUUUCAUGAUAGAAGGAUACCAAUCCCAGUUUUUGAUCUCUAUGGAGUUGGUUUGCGACAGGGUUGCUCAACACCAAAUCUGGUGAAGGAGCUUGAUUUUAAGGUUGGCAAACUGUCUACCGGAGAUUCUCUGGAUAUGACUCCACAGGAUGAAGCAUCCAUACUUGCAAAUGAUGCAGUGAUCAAAGACAUGGAGGGAGCUGCUGUCGCUUACGUAAGCGAUCUUCUGAAAGUGCCAGUAAUGUUUGUAAAAGCCGUAACUGAUAUUGUGGAUGGAGACAAACCAACUUCCGAGGAAUUUUUGCAAAACUUGUCAGCAGUUACCAUUGCACUUGGGAAAGCCGUCACUCAUGUAGUCGAUUACAUCAGUGGAAAAUCCCUUUCCGACCUCUAAUCAUACAUACAUUUUUGGUAAUCAAUGUGAUGUAUCAAAUAAAUGACUGAAUCAUUUAAUUUAUAUGACAUUAAGCCAAAACAAAUGGAAUUCUUGUAGGUUGGUUGUCUUUAAAGAAAGAUAUGAUAGAUGGAUUCUAUUUAUUGUUA